UUUAUUCCCCUGUUCUUCGUCCCUCAGGAUGUGGAAUACAUAUUUGGCAUCGUAGGCAUCCCAGUAACCGAAAUCGCCAUUGCUGCCCAGCAGCUAGGCAUCAAGUACAUUGGAAUGAGGAACGAGCAAGCGCUGAAGGAUGAGUUCAUUUGGAAAGAUUAUAGAAGAAUGUAUUAAAUAAUGAAAGAUAAAAAAUUUUAAAACUCUCUGAGGGCUACAUCAAAAGAAUAAUGAUACCAGAAGUGUUUUGGAGUGGAACACAUUGCCAUUUUCACUGGUGACCAGAUAGGACAGGGUUUCACCAUGUUGCCCAGGCUGGUCUUGAACUCCUGGACUCAGCCUCUCAGUGUGCUGGGAUUACAGAUGUCAGCCACCACACCCAGCCUCAUGUUCAGUUUUAAAAGAUUUUGGGCAGAGCACUGCAUUCAGAAUUUCCUAUCAAAGGCCAGGAGUCUGCCUUGUUGUUUCUGGCCCAGGUCUCAUCCAUGCCUUGGGUGGUAUGGCAAAUGCAAACAUGAACUGCUGGCCCUUGCUUAUGAUUGGUGGUUCCUCUGAAAGAAAUCAGGAAACAAUGGGAGCUUUCCAGGAAUUUCCUCAGGUUGAAGCUUGUAGAUUAUAUACCAAGUUCUCUGCCCGUCCAAGCAGCAUAGAAGCUAUUCCUUUUGUUAUUGAAAAGGUACAGUAUUUAACGGCAGUGAGAACCAGUAUCUAUGGUCGUCCAGGUGCUUGCUAUGUUGACAUACCAGCAGAUUUUGUGAACCUCCAGGUGAAUGUGAAUUCUUUAAAGUACACGGAGUGCUGCAUGUCACCUCCUAUCAGCAUGGCAGAAACCUCUGCUGUACGCAUGGCAGCUUCUGUUAUUAGGAAUGCCAAACAGCCCCUUCUUAUCAUCGGAAAAGGUGCUGCCUAUGCUCAUGCAGAAGAGAAUAUCAAGAAAUUGGUGGAGCAAUAUAAACUGCCAUUUUUGCCCACCCCUAUGGGGAAGGGGGUUGUCCCUGACAACCAUCCAAACUGUGUAGGUGCAGCCAGAUCCAGGGCUUUGCAAUUUGCUGAUGUGAUUGUUUUAUUUGGUGCCAGACUAAAUUGGAUUUUACAUUUUGGACUGCCUCCAAGAUAUCAGCCAGAUGUGAAGUUUAUCCAGGUUGAUAUCUGUGCAGAAGAAUUGGGUAAUAAUGUAAAGCCCACUGUUACUUUGCUGGGAGACGUAAGUGCUGUCAGUAAGCAGCUUUUAGAGGAACUUGACAAAACAUCAUGGGAGUAUCCUCCAGAGAGCAAGUGGUGGAAAACUCUGAGAGAAAAAAUGAAGAGCAAUGAAGCUGCAUCCAAGGAAUUAGCUUCCAAAAAAUCCCUGCCUAUGAAUUAUUACACGGUAUUCUACCAUGUUCAAGAACAACUACCUAGAGACUGUUUUGUGGUUAGCGAAGGGGCAAAUACUAUGGACAUUGGACGGACUGUGCUUCAGAACUACCUUCCUCGUCACAGGCUUGAUGCUGGUACUUUCGGAACAAUGGGAGUUGGUUUAGGAUUUGCUAUUGCAGCUGCCAUGGUGGCUAAAGAUAGACAUCCCGGGCAACGGGUUAUCUGUGUGGAAGGAGACAGUGCAUUUGGGUUUUCUGGCAUGGAGGUGGAAACCAUCUGCAGGUACAAUUUGCCAAUCAUACUCUUGGUAGUGAAUAACAAUGGAAUUUACCAAGGUUUUGAUAUGGAUGCUUGGAAAGAAACGUUAAAAUUUCAAGAUCCUACUGCAGUGGUCCCUCCAAUGUGUUUACUGCCAAAUUCACAUUAUGAGCAAAUCAUGACUGCAUUUGGAGGCAAGGGGUAUUUUGUAGAAACACCAGAAGAACUCCAAAAAUCCCUGAGACAGAGCCUAGCGGACACAUCUAAACCCUCUCUUAUCAACAUCAUGAUUGAGCCACAAGCUACACGGAAGGCCCAGAUGGAGUCUAGCUUUGUCACCAGGCUGGAGUGCAGUGGCAUGAUCUGGGCUCGCUACAACCUCUCCCUCCUGGGUUCAAAUGAUUCUCCUGCCUCAGCCUCCUGAGUAG